CUCGCUGGCACUAUAGGAUGCCGUCGCGUAUCUUGCUGCCCACAUCUGUGCCUCGACGCGCCUGGUUGUGCAUCGUCGAUCAGACGGCAGGAAACCGUGAAAGAGCCUUUAGGCAAGGCCCUCCUUCCGUCCUUGCUUCUCCCCUUUUCUCUCUCUUCUCUCAGCCAGGCCAAGAUGUCUUCGAUCUGAAGGCUUUCUGCACCUUGGCAACCGCCGCUUUCGUUUCUUUCGGUGUUUUUGUUCUUAAUUUCAUCUUCAUUUUCCAUUUCUGCUUCUUCUUGGUGCGACGAUGCUGGUCAUCCGCAUUCUUUGGCUGCAGGCCGUGCUGGCCGCGGCCCAGCUUGGCUUUGUGGAGGGAGUGUUGAAGAGGAGGGACGCGGCCAACAGCUCAGCUGUCGAGGGAUCGGGCUCGUCGGGGAAGGUUUCGGCGGCGGGUCUUGUGGAUGGAUUGGUGGGCAACGGCGUAGCAGCAGCGACAAGUGUUCUCGGCCCAAUUCUCGACCCAGUGGCGGGCCCAACGGGCUUGCUGGGAAUUGGCAACGCGGCGGCGGCCACUACGUCGGCCGAAGCCCAGGACCCACCGGCUACCGGCUCUCCCGAUCCAAGCCCCGACCCGGCAGCGAGUGAACCGGCGAAAACUCCGGCGGAGUCCGUGGCGCAGACCGCAGCGCAGACCUCGGCGCCGGAGCAAACAACCCAGGGACCGACCCAGGGACCGAUUCCGGACUCGACCCCGGCAAGCUCAAUACCCACCCCGGAGCCGACUUCUGAGCAAGCCCCGGCCUCGGCAACCGAACAGGCCCCGCCGGCGUCAACAGCGAACCAGCAAGCGCCCGGAGCCCAGCAGACACAACCAGUUGCUCCUCCUGCUCCUCCGCCGGAGUCUACACAAGAGGCGUCGACCGUGCCGGCCCCGGCCCCUGCCCCAGCAUCUUCAACUUCCGCUGCUGCCGCAGCCCCGGCCCCUUCUUCCGCAAACGCAGGUGUGGCUUCUGCUUCCACUCCGGCAGCCGCCCGCCCGCCCGCCGACUCUUCUGCUGGUCAAUCCAGCCCAGCGGCAUCCACAGCAGCCCCCGCAGCAACAACGGCCGAGGCAGCCCCGACGGAUGUGCAAACAUCCAUCCCUGCUCCUGCCGAGCAGCCUUCCGAGUCUGCGUCUCCCGUCCUUACUCUAAUCACCGUCGGUGGCUCGACGCUCACGUCCGUUUUCGUCCCGGCGGCGCCCACGGGCGCCGUUGCGGCCGUAGACGGUGUCGACUCAGGCAACUCUGGCCCCAACGCCUCCAACUCCAACACCAGCGACGGUAGCAUCGACAGCAGCACCAACACCAAUACAGCCCCCACCCCCCAAAACACCAAACCCAACACGGCUCCCAUCCUCCAAAACACCAACGGCGAGCCCAACACCACCGUCGACGACACCAACACCGACACCUCCUCCUCCUCCUCCUCCUCCAACGGCAACAACAACAACAACAACAACCCACAAACCACCCCCUCCCCCUCUUCACAAGGCAUGUCCCUGGCAACCAAAAUCGGCGUCGGCGUCGGCGCCGCAGCCGGCACCGUCCUCUUGGUGGUGGUCAUCACCUUUGUCCUGUGGAAGCGGCGCAUGAGCCUGGGCCGGCGGUGGCGGCGGCAGCGGUCGUCGUCAUCGCUGCUGAACGGCGGCAGCGGCGGAGACAGCGAGCGCGGCAUGAGCCCGACGCCGGAGGAGAAGGCCAAGCUGGACUGGGAGAGCGAGCACGACGUGGCGUUCGACUUUGGCGCCUUCUUCCGCGGGAGGAGUGUCAGGGGGAAUGCUCCGGCUGCGGCCGCGGCCACUGGUGCCGGUGGGGAGGCGGUCGGUAAUGGUAGUGGUGGGGGUAGCGGUGGUCUGGGCGAAGGUGAUCGGUUGCCCGUCUUUGAGGUCCCUGCUGUGUCGGCGACGCAGCCGAAGCAGCAGGGGGUUGUGGCGGAGUUGGAUGCGGGUGGCGUGUCCGAGUAUCGGGGGAUUGUGGGAGUUGGGAGGUGACACGGAGUGGGAGGAUGAUAAACAGGCAUGUUACAGCACGGUCCUGGGUGGGCAGGGCUGAAGCUCGAACAUGCGAUUGCGUGUGGGGAGGGGGAGGUUGAGUAGGCGCGAGAUCCGAACGAAGGAGUGUGAAGAUUGCCCGGAUUACAGGUUGGAAAGGUGCAGUCCUUGAUUGUGGUAGGUCACCGAGUAAUGUUUUCUGCCAGGGUAGGCUACAAAGCGA